AUGCGAGUAUUCUCAAUGGUUCACCCGGCGUGUCGUAUGCGAUCAAAUGAUUGUCUGUCUGUCAAGAAGAAAAGAUUCCAUCGAAGUCGCCUUAAGGGGCUGUUGUACCGCGAGAGCCUAUUAAAUAACGAAAUGUGGGCGCUCAUACAGCGUCCAGGAAUGAGAAGUUUCAGUCAUUCGCAAGAGAAGGGUAAAGAUAACUUGGAUGCCAAGCAGUUCUGUAAUAUUCACGAAUUUUACAUUUGUGGCGGGAGUCAACGUUACACCCUGCGCGCCACCCUAUUUUUCAGUCGAGAUUUGACGUGUCGGGAUCCCGCAAAGGGCUAA